ACGAAAUUAGCUGCGGACACCCACGAAAUCGAAAGCCCCCACUGCCCUCGCUUCCUCUCGCCAGAACCCCCAAUCAGCAAACCCCACCGCCGCUCCGGCCCGGCGGAGUCCCCUCGACCCGCGGCGGCCGGCGAUGGACCGGAUCCACGUCACCGUGCGCGCGCGGCCGCUCCCGCCGGAGGACGCGCAGAGCAGCCCGUGGCGGAUCUCCGGAAACGCCGUCGCGCUCACCGCCCAGCCCUCCAUUCGCUUCGAAUUCGACAGGAUUUUCGGCGAGGACUGUCACACGGCGGACAUCUACGGGGCCCGCACCAAGCACAUCGUCGACUCUGCCGUGCAAGGGUUCAACGGCACUGUUUUUGCAUAUGGACAAACUAACAGUGGAAAGACCUAUACAAUGAGAGGAUCUGCUAAUGAACCUGGAAUAAUACCGCUUGCGGUUCAUGAUUUAUUUAGAACUAUACAGCAGUCUGGAUGAUGAGGUUUGGGAAUUGAAGAUGCAUUUCCAUGACGGAGACAACAUUGAGAGAUCUAUGAUGGUGUCAGACAUAACAUUUUACAACCUAGUAGCACUGAUAGAAACAGAAGGUUAUGGAUUUAAAGAUUACAUGUACUAUGUCAGGGAUCCUGGGCUAGGAAUAGAAGGAAUGGAAGAAAUAGAUGAUGAUGACAAGCUUGAGGAAAUUCUAGACAACAUAGCAUUGCAAAAUCAGAAGAUAUUGAAUGUGACAGUUGUUAGGGCCAGUUCUCCCAAUGCUGCAAGUAUAAACACCAGCUCCAAUGUUAUUGAGCAGCAAAUCCCUCUAGAAGAAAUUGGAGAGCCCAAACUGUAUCAGAUAGAUGAAGAAGGAGUGAUGUUCAGUGCACCAGAUGUGCAUGUAGCGGCAGCAAGUUCAGAAGCAGCAUAAGUGGAGCCAAUGCCCAUACAGUUUCAAACACAGCACAGCACCUUGCUUUAGGUUAUGUACAAGUGGAAGAAAAUCAUGUAUACAAUUCAGAGGAGCAAAUGGAAAUUGAAAAGGUUAUGGAGGAGACAAGGAGGAAGGAAAUUGAAAUGUUUAGGAAGAAUACGAAAAAUAAAGAGAAGGUCACUUCUGUGAAGAGAAAAGCUGCAGUGAUGGAUAAUGAGGAGGAUAGUGAUGAUGAUGAUUUGAAAGAAUAUGGUGAUAUCCUUGCUAGGCUUGAGGAGAUGAAAAGACAGAGGGAAGAUCCACUCCUUCAUUUUAAAGGGGACACAGAUGUUGAGGAAAUGUAUGAGACAGAGGAGGAGGAUGCACUAUAUGAGCCUGAAAGUGAAGAAGAGGAUGAAGAGAGUACUCUGGAGGAAGAGAGUAAUUUGGAGCAGGUAGGGCAAGAUGGACAGAAGAAGAAAAAGGAGAAUAAACACAGAAAAGGCCCAACAAGCAGAUCACAUGCAAGUGUAGAGGAGUUGUUUGAGGAGGACUGGAUACCAUCUUCUGAUGAAGACAAGAAACCAAUGGACUUGGGUGUGGAAGAUGAUGAUGGUGCAGAGGCAUUGACAUAUGUUUUGCCCAAUGGCAGGAAAAGCAAAGCUAAGAAGAUGAAGAAAAGGUUAUGGUAUGAUGAGAAGAGAGCUCACCCAGCUGAGGAAUUUGUGAAGCAUCUUUGCUUCAUUGAUGUGUACCAGUUCAGAAAUGCACUUCAAACAAUGCACAUUGCAUAGAACAGGAACUAUGAGUACCAUAGAAAUUGCAGUGACAGGGUUAUAGCAUAAUGCAUAGAUGAGACAUGCCCUUUUUAUAUAGUAGCUUCUCAGAUUGCAAAUGAGAAGACUUUUACCAUAAGGGAGCAGUAUGUAGUGCACACUUGUCCUUCUGUGUCAGAGAACACAAAAGUUACUGCUAAGUGGGUUGCAAAGUUUUGUGAGGAAGCAAUCAGAAAUGACCCAUGCACAACAAUCACUACUAUAAUUAACACUGCAAAGAGCAAGUAUGGAGUGGAAAUAUCAACCCACAUGGCAUACAGGGCUAAGAAGGCAGCAAAGAAUGUUGUGUUAGGAGAUCAGAAGGCCCAGUACACCAGGAUUAGGGAUUAUUUGCAGGUUGUGCUAGAUACUAAUCCAGGUUAAAGGUGUAUAGUGACAACAAGACAUUUGAGGGAGCAUCCAAGCACAAACCCUAGGUUUCAUGCAUUAUUCUAUUGCCUAAAUGGAUGCAAAGAAGGGUUUCUCAGUGGAUGCAGACCAUUCAUAGGUAAUUCCUUGGUAUUUAAUGUGUGUUUUCAAAU